UGAGCGAGUGUGCACGUGUGUCUGUGGAGAACUUUAAUGUGUGUCGCACAUUUCUCACAAUUAACUGGUGUUUAAAAUGGGAAAGAAGGGGAAAACAGGGCAGCAUCGGAAGGACAAGUUCUAUAAGUUAGCUAAGGAGACAGGCUACCGGGCGCGCUCGGCUUUCAAACUGAUCCAGCUGAACCGGAAAUAUGGCUUCCUGCAGAGGUCCAAGGUUCUGGUGGACCUGUGUGCAGCUCCGGGCGGAUGGCUCCAAGUUGCUGCCAAGUACAUGCCAGUGUCCAGUCUUCUUGUGGGUGUAGAUUUGGUGCCCAUCAAGCCUAUCCCUAAUGUUAGCACCAUCCAGGCAGACAUCACAACAGACAAGUGUAGACAGGCCCUGAAGAAGGAGUUGGCCACCUGGCAGGCUGACUGUGUACUGCAUGACGGUGCUCCUAAUGUCGGCUCCAAUUGGCUCAAAGAUGCAAGUGAACAGGCCCAGUUAGUUCUGGCAUCCCUGAGGUUGGCCACAGAAGUGCUGAACAAAGGUGGCUGUUUUGUGACCAAGGUGUUCCGCUCCAAGGACUACCAUGCCUUACUGUGGGUGUUCCAACAACUCUUCAAACACGUCCACGCUACAAAACCUCAGGCCUCCAGACAUGAGUCUGCCGAGAUCUUUGUCGUGUGUGAAGGGUUUCUAGCUCCUGACAAAAUUGACCCCAGGUUCCUGGAUCCGAGGUUUGCCUUUAAAGAAGUGGAUGUUGGACAGACACCCCAGGUCAACCUGAAGACACUGGAACAGAAGAAAGCCAAGGCAGAGGGGUAUGCUGAGGGGGACCUGACACUGUUUCACCAGGUCAAUGUGUCCGAGUUCAUCACCAGCGACAGUUACAUGGACAUGCUAGCCUCCAAAAAUCAGCUGGUGUUUGACGAUGAGAAGAUUGCCAACCAUCCACUGACAACAAGUGAGAUCAAACUGUGCUGUCAGGACAUCAAGCUGCUGGGGAGAAAAGACAUCAGGUUGCUUCUAAGAUGGAGGAAAAAGAUGAAAGAGGUGUUGCAGUCCUCAGAAGAACCAGAGCAAAGCUCACCCCAGGAGUCUGGUGAAGAGGAGGAGGAGCUCAAGUUAGACCAGCAGUUGAGCCAGCUGCAGCGAGAGGAGGCAGCACAACUCAAAAGGAAGAAGAAGGAGGUUCAAAAAGAACGUCGGAAGCUACAAGAGCGUAUGGUGCUGAAAAUGGAUGUAUUGGAUGACAAACACGACUUUCAGGAAGAGAGGCCACUCUUCAAUUUGCAGCGCAUUCAUAGAAAACAGGAGCUAGCUGGUGUGCAGGGUGAUGCCCACCUCACUACUGCCCUGGACGACAUCGGUUCUGAGUCAGAGAACGAGGAGGAGCCAGAUCCUCUGAUCCAGCGAGAUCCAGAUCUGAACAGCGAGCCAGAUUCUGACGACCUGGAGAUCGCAAAGGCAGAAGAAGUUGAAGAGGAGUUGGAACAGCCUGGUGCUGCUGGGGACGAUGACUUUGAUAUUGGCGGAGCAGAUAUUGAGUUAAAGAAUCCUCUGCUGGUUGACUUGGAGUCAGCAGACCUGGACAGAAGGGCCAUGGCAAGAACAGACAGGUGGUUCAGCAAGGACAUUUUUGCUGGGGUGGCCUCUGAUGAUGAGGAUGAUGAUGAUGAAGAUGAUUUGGAAAACAUGAAACAACAGGAUGACAAGAUUACUGAACAUGAUGAGGGAAGUAAGGAGGCAGAAUCCAGAGGAGAAAAACCUGACUCUGAGCGAGAGAUGACUGGGUCAAGUGAUACAGACACUUCUGCUAGUGAUUCAGAAGCCAGUGACUAUGAUGUUGAUGAGACUAUAGGAAACACUGGCCAAACUACAACUGUUCAAGCCCCUGUCAACAAACCAAGACAAGAUGGGUUUGAGGUUGUGUCUGAACAUCAUGCAGAAAGAACUAAGAGAAAACUGGACCCCGAGGGACUUGCCCUGGGGGCACUGAUUUCUACAUCCAAGAAGAGAAGAAGGGACAUUGUUGACUGGGCGUUUAACAGAUACACCUUUGAUGAUGAAGGUCUGCCUGACUGGUUUGUGAAGGAUGAAGUCAAACACAGUAAGAAGCAACUACCAGUCACCAAGGACAUGGUUGCUGAGUACAGGGAGAAGUUGAGGGCCAUCAACGCUCGCCCAGUCAAGAAGGUAGCAGAGGCCAAGGCAAGGAAGAAGAGGAAGGCACUGAAGAGACUGGAGAAGGCCAAGAAAAAAGCUGAGGCUAUUACAGAGAGUGGAGACAUGUCUGACAAAGAAAAAGUGCAGCAAAUUAAACAGCUGUACAAAAAAGCUGGUGCACUUGGUAAGAAGAAGCCAGAGAAGACCUAUGUGGUGGCCAGGAAAUUCAAUGCAGCAAAGAGGCCCAAGAGACCAGCUGGGCUGAAGGGCCCAUACAGAGUUGUAGACCCUCGUAUGAAGAAAGACUCCAGAAAAAUCAACUCAAACUCUAAACAGUCUGGAAAAAUGCGAGGCAAGAGAAGAUGAGAAUACUGAAUGGAUACUGUAAUUCCUCAUUGUCAUGGCACUUUUAUGUUCACUGUUUCCACAGUUAUAUCUGUACCGUAAACAUAUGAUUACUGAAUCAGAUGUCAAAUUAUUCAUUUUGUCUUUUGCCCCCCUCUCCAUCUUCUGUCACCAUGGAGACUAAGUUCUGUGAACAUGUUCAUUUUCCUCAGGCUUUGAAAUUUGCUACCAUGAAUACAAAGUGAAUUACACUAGUAAAUUACAGUAUCACGUAAUGCACUCGACUGUAGAAUGUUUGUGACCACAACAGUCAAAAGCAGACUGUCAUGGAUUAAGUAAUUGAUACUAGGUCUAACCCAUGGACAUCAAGUAAUAGAAGCCACAAGCUGUACAUGUAUGUUCUUGUUAUUCUUGGCCACACUGACUUAAUUUUAUGGAUGACAUCCUCUGAAGCCCUAAAACUAAUUCAAACAGGCAAAUAAAAAAAAAGUCCAGCCAAAACGAAUGCUGAUAAACCACAGGAAUACAAAGCUGGUAUAUUUAUAUUGUGAAUUUGUGGUUCUGCGUAACAAGUUUUACUACAAGCCGGUACAUGCUGGCCUUUUGUAGCAUUACAAGUCGGCACCAGUGCACUGUACUAUCAGUUCUCCAAUUCUGUAGAGCUUCGGCAGCCUGGGUACCAUCCUCCGUAGUUACCACCGUUUUCCUAUUGUUGGUAGCUACAAUGGAUUACGACAGAUGGCAGGGCCCCGGAGGAUUUUUUUUAGAGCAGGGGAAAAUUAUUGUGUGCGCAGAUGUCAUCCAUAAAAAUUAAAUCAGUGUGGCCUUACAAAGAACAAAAUGCUAACAAUCUCGCCACUCUAACCCCACAGCCAGUAUAGAAUAAAGAAAACUUAAGCAAGGAAUAGAAGAUGUUGUUUUGAUACUACCAAAUAAGUUGGUAAAAUUGUCAUUGAACCAUAUCUGCACAAAUUUAAUGGCAUCAGCAAUCUUUAUUAAAACAUCACAUAUUUUAUACAUGUAUUGAAAUGUUGUGAUUCUGACAUACCAUAGCUAUGUAACAAUGUAUCCAUAUGUCUAUGACGGAUUAUGUAUCUGU